GGCUGCAGUUUGACCAACUUUUUACCUCAAAUAUCUGUUUAAGUCAACCAGUUCGGGUGUUUCUGGUCUGUUUUCUUGGCUCACUUUCAAAGCCCACUCUGUAACGGGGUGAUGAGGCUCAGUUGACGCAGACGUCCUGAGGUUAGUGGGAUCAUGUCAAGACUCCUCUGCGCAUUAAAAUGUUUCCACGAUCUGAAACGGUUUUCCAGACUGUGCCGACAAACAAACAGUCGCAGACACCUGUGUAAAAACCCCCACCGUGAUGACGAGCACAUGCGGAGAUUUAUCUCAGAGAACACGGAGGUGGUCGGAGGACAGAGCCUGACGCCUGAGAUCAAACUCAGAUUAUUGACCCCCAACUGCAGGUUCUGGAGAGAAAACCCCGAACUGUGGCCUUUCCAUGACCCGUACUGGGCCAUUUACUGGCCCGGGGGCCAGGCGCUCUCCAGGUUCGUGCUGGACCAGCCCGCGGUGUGCCGGGGUAAGGCGGUGCUGGACCUGGGCAGCGGCUGCGGGGCUGCGGCCAUCGCUGCAGCUCUGGCCGGGGCGGAGACGGUGGUGGCCAACGACAUCGAUGCUGUUGCAGCAGUUGCAGCCCAUAUGAACUGUGAGUUGAACGGCGUGGAGUUACCAGCUUGCGUGACUGACAACAUGAUCGGUUCAGAGCCUGAGGGCUUUGACCUGAUCCUCCUGGGUGACAUGUUCUACGACGAGGGCCUGGCCACCAGCCUCCACAGCUGGCUGGACCGCUGCAUCAAAAUCCACGGCACCAAAGUCCUGAUCGGGGAUCCUGGACGAGCCCAGUUCGAGGGGCACCGCAUCCGACAGUUCCUGCAUCAUCUUGCCCAGUUUGAGCUGCCUGAGUGUGUCAGGGCGGAGAACUACGGUCUUACCUGUAGCAGUGUUUGGUCCUAUCAACCUGAACUCUGAUUAGUAGAGUGAACACAACGGGGAGCUACAUUUGGUUUUCAAAAGUGACUCAAGUACAGAAAAGUGCAGUUUAUGGACUGGCCACUAGGGGCUGGAUCCCGCACUGACCCCUCUUGUUAUAAUACCCAACUUUACCGCCUAAAUAAAUGUUUAUAGCCUGGUGUCAAAACAUGUUUUGAAAUAUGUAAACCACCAGACUUGGAGUGAGUUUUUAUCAAACCUAUCACUAGGUCAUCCGACCCUGCUCUCCCGUCAUGAUUACAGAUUAAUAGAAAAUCUACAGGAGAUCUUAUUUCCCCAGAAAUCCAAGUUAUGAAAGUGCUUGUUUAUCAUUAUCAGAGGACCUACAGGCAUUCAACACAGGGAGUCACCCUUCCUGAGUCUGGUUCUGUUGGAGCUCUCUCUGUUAAAAAGGAGCUUGCAUGUGCACAGAGUGCAAGUGAUGGAAUCCAUUAACUUGUUUGCUUUCUCUGUGUAAUGCUAUGGUGCAACUUUUAUUGCAAAUUGGUGCUAUAAUAAAUUGAAUUGCAUUCAUUUCAGUUGAAUAAUAUGCGAUAACUGACCUGCACGCUUCUGUUGGCGCACGUCUUGUAGUUUGUUUUCCAAGCUGAAUUUGAUUGUGUUAUUUGGAAAAUUAAGUAAGAGUUUCUAAAUACGUUGCAAAUUCUCUCUGUCUCUGUAUUCAAGUGUCUGCAAGUACAGGCAUGGA